GGUAAUUAAAUGCUCGUAUUGCGAGGAAUAUAGACCCAGGUCCCAAAAAAAAAGGAGGGUAGCGUGCCUGAAUGAGUGAAUGAUUUUGAUUUGCCAUUAAAACAGAGUCAGACCACGCUUAUCACAUCAUAAGAACAAGAUCCUUCAUUCUUCUCAGAAGGUUCUGCUUCUGGGAAGAAAAGGAAAACUAAAAUGGAAGCGGACAACCCGUAUCAGCAAGUUCUUGCUGCAAGGCAAGCUGAAAGAAACGCUAGACAGGCGGAAAGAGACCAACGGCGCAGAAGACUGGAUGAAGAGGAUGAGAAUACGGACUUGGUUCGGGUUCCAGAAUGGUUGAGGUUAUGGAAGAGAUGAAUUUGAAGCAACAGCAUUUUCUUAGGCUCAGGUGGAGGGUCGUCGUCGUACUAGUAUUAUUCUUGUUGUUAACAUCUUCACACUAUAACCAUGGGAACUUGCAGCUUCUUCUAGUACGUACUUCAUCGUACUUCUAUGUUUAUGCAGACGAGCCGUUAUUGCGUAAAAAUACUUGCUCUUCUAGUUGGAAGGUACAAGAUGAAGAUGGCGGAACGGCCUCUAUAACGUUAGCGAAGACGUAUCACGAGGAAUCAUGACAUGACAUAAUACUGGGGGCCUAAGUACAUACAGGCCUUUUCUAACAUCCGCCCACCUUCCGCUUUGGAUUUUACGGAACUUUUUCGAUGGUCCUCGCCGUCUUACGCACUCGCAACUCCGGAGGAUAGUCUAUUCAACGAUCUGGCUUGUGGGUGCAGCCUACUUCCAGUCUCAGAUCUACGUCAUUUUGAGCGGAAUUUGUUUCAUCUUCCUUUCUCUGGGAGCCAGGCAGGAUGAUGACGGCGUCUCAGCCUAUAUUAAGGCUCAGUCUUCAUUGGUCACUGAGAGUAGUCUGUCACUGAGAUCGGAGAGGGCCCGCCUUGAAAAUAAGUAAAGAGAGGUGGCGGGGCCCUCCUGUUCAGAGUCUCCGAGUCGGUGGCCAAUCAUGAGUGCUGACCUUUAACUAUAGCAUCUUCAAUCGUGGAGCUAGGCACGUGCUAGGAGAUCUGAGGGGGGAUCAAGUGGAUAGGGAACAUCGAGGAAUAGCGCACAUGAGAGGACAAGAAGGAGGAGGAGGAAGACAAGGAGACAUUAUGGGUUUCCACGUGGUCAUUGCAUCCUUCUGCACAAGUGCCAUUGUUCUUAUGACCUCGUUCCCAGUUAGAGGAAAGAAGUCAAGAGUCAUGAUCUGAAGAAUGCAAUGGCGUAAUCUCUAAAGAUAGAGGAGGAGGCGGUCUCCAAGAAGGUGGAGACGACCUAGGUGGUUUGAAUCUUCGACAGCAAAUGAGAUCGCGAGAUGCUAACAAGCCUUGUCCCUGUGGAUCUGGGAAAAAACUGAAAAAAUGUUGUGGUCAAGCGACGUGAUCAUCCUGGUCUUCUUGUUUGUUGUUGUGCGGUUCACUGUCACUUAUUAUACGCCUCUUACUAGUACAAUUGCAAAGUUAGUACGUUCACGUCGUACGUACAACCACUUCUACUUCUAGAAGCCCACCUUGCGCAUCCUUG